AUCCUUUAGAGGCAUUUCUCGAAGCUUCAUUUCACACAUUCUGCUUUUCCUCAUUUUCGCAUUUUCUACCUCUUCACCCAUCUCUAAUCGACCCUCUAUCUUCUUCUUGAUCUCCAAACCAAAUAAAACAUCAUGGCCUCCAACCCUCCCGCCGCCUGCUGCACCGUCGGUGUCAAGCAUGAAGGUCAGCCUACCGGAACUACCAUCAAAAUCGACAACAUUGAGACCUAUGUUGCCGAGCCCAAGGGCAAGAUCGUCCACAAGGACACCGCCAUUCUGUACCUCCCAGACGUCAUCGGUAUCUGGCAGAACAGCCAGUUGAUGGCUGACCAGUUCGCCGCCAAUGGCUACUACACCAUCAUCCCUGACCUGUUCAACGGCGACCCACUGUCCUUGAACAAGCCAGAGAACUUUGACUUCAUGGCCUGGUUGACCAAGGGUUCCAGCGGUAACAACCCUCACACCUACGAAGCUGUCGACCCCAUCGUCGAGAAGUCCAUCAAGUACUUGCAGGAGAAGGGCUACAAGAAGAUCGGCGCCGUUGGUUACUGCUUUGGCGCCAAGUACGUCGUUCGCUUCAUGCCCAAGGGCAAGGGAAUUGACGUUGGCUACCUCGCCCACCCUUCCUUUGUCGAGGAGUCCGAGCUCUCUCAGAUCAAUGGUCCUCUUAGCAUCGCCGCUGCCGAGACGGACGAGAUCUUCCCUACCGAGAAGCGCCACAAGUCAGAGGCUAUCCUCAUCGAGACCAAGCAGCCUUACCAGAUCAACUUGUUCAGUGGUGUUGUCCACGGAUUCAGUGUGCGAUGCGACACCUCUAAGAAGAUUGAGAAGUUUGCAAAGGAGCAGGCCUUCUUGCAGGCCGUUGCCUGGUUUAACGAGUGGUUGAUCUAA